GUCUGCCAAACAGCGAGCAUUGACUUUCUAUUCCCAAAAGUACGUAUUAGACUUUACCUGCUUUUGGGUUGUUUGUCUGAAACUCGGUAAAAGGUUUUCAUGCACGGCUCAUUCAAAGGACCAUUGUUGUUUUCUGGCAAGCAGGAAUUUAGGGCUGUGUCGUAAUUCUGAAGAGCUUAUUGCUGACGUCCACUAUACUUAGACCGCCCCAUUAUCCUCCGGUAUUUUAACUUUCUACCUGCUGAAGUUGAAGAUGAAGUUUGCAUUAUAACGGCCCUGGAGAGAAGGGGUACAUACAAAUAAUACACAGCUAGUAGUCGCUAACUCGCAUUUGACUUGUGAACACCUACCUUAGAUAGCUUGAAUACUAAAAUUGUAAAAAUGUUCCGCCGCAAUGCUACGCUUAAUGUUUCUCCGCCAGAAAUAAUUGUUAUUUUGGAAGACGAAAAUACGCAUUGCGAAAAAAUAACACUAUUCAAUCCAUACCCUGUUGCCCUGAAAUAUGACGUGUAUACAAAUAUCGAGUCAAAAUUUAAAAUAGAAAAGAAGGGCUUGCCGGUAAUCAAGGCGCGCUCGAGCACUCAAGUGUACAUCAGAUGUGUGAAUCCGGUUGCCGAAGACUGCAACGUAGAAAAUAGUUUUUUUAUCACUUUAACAGACAUCAGUACAGAAGAGAUUGUUCUUCAAACAUGUAUCCGUGGAGUAGUGCGGUCCUGUGGUGAAAAACAAGUCACAAAAAAUCGAAAACAAACAUGUGACAAAACUGAAAAAACACAGAAAGCUACAAAAAGAGACCUCGAGGUUUUUGCUUGCGAAAUCGGCCAUCAGGAAAGAGACGAGUCGCCGUCAAAACCAGUGGAAGAAGUUGAUAAUCAAGCACAGGAAAACACCUGCAGGCCUGCAUCGUGCAAAUUAUACUUAUUGCUCUGUGCAAUUGUGCUGUUUCUCCUAGCGAUAAAUUGUUUACCGAAAAGUCGACCGUCACAAGAAAUAUCCGUACGAGAACGCUGGUUCUUUUAUGUUACGUGGCAAGUACAAGUAACAUGCUUGGUGGGAUUUAUUUCGACCUUUUACUUUAAGUACGAAAUAUUAAUGAUUAAAACUAGUUUAACUAAGUUCUUUAGUGAACCAGAAACAUAG